UAUAUAUUUCUCAUGUAUAUAGGAGCGCCAUCAUCGCGUUCCCAUUUAGGAAAUAGCAUGAUGAUCUUAUAUAUUUGAGUUGAUUGAGUUACAUCAACCAAAUUAUGCAUUUCACAAUAAUCAAGUAACAUGAUAAAGAAUUUGAUUCAUCAUGAAGGGAAGAACCACCUACGUAAACAGGUGAAAAAGGCGUUAAAGACCAUACCUCAAGAAUCAUUAAUUACACAAUCUGAUCAUAUCCACAAACAGAUCUUAGAACAUCCUCAAUUCAAAAAGGCAAAGAAGAUUGCAUUAUAUAUGAAUAUGCCAGAUCUGGAAAUCAAAACACUAGAAAUAAUUCGGUCUUGUUUUAAGUUGGGGAAAUCGGUAUAUUUACCCAAAUGUAAUUACCAUAAAACAUUAAUUCGUAAGCAUAAUCAUUUAACCAUGUUGAAAAUGGAGACAUUUGAUGAUGUAUUACUGCUUCAUCCACGAGGUAAAUAUAAAUUACUAGAGCCAGAAGUAGGUCAUGAUGUUAUUGAUGAAGAAACUGGAUUAGAUGUCAUUAUAGUUCCCGGAGUAGCCUUCACUACAGAAAGACAAAGAAUGGGUCAUGGUGCCGGUUACUAUGACGAAUACAUUACUCAUCAUCUUAAACAUUUUGGGAAACGACCCUAUCUUAUAGGAAUAGGAUUAAGUGAACAAUUAGUUGACCAUUUGCCUAUGGAAGAACAUGAUUGGCACUUGGAUAGUAUAAUUAUAAGUGAUCAUGACAUUAUAUAUUAGACAUAGAAUGUAGAAAAUAAAUACAUUAAUAAAUAAGUAGAGGUCCAUAGUUUUCUAUAAGUCUAUUUCUAAGCUACUAAAAUCCCUACCAUGCAAUUAGAUAACAUUCUAUCUACAUUAACCCAACUAUGAUAUUUAUAAAACAAAGCCGUACCAUCUCUACCAGCACAUUUCAUAAUUUCAUCAACCCCUCCAGGAUGGAAGUCUACAUAAGGAGUAAUGUUAAAUACUUUACCAUUAAUUGAAGUCCAACAAUCAUUUCGAAUCUUAUGUUUCUUUAAUUCAUCUUUAGUUAUGCGUACUAUUUGAGGUGGUGGAGUGGAAGGAUCAACACCUCGUAAAACAUGAGAUGCAGUCUUUGAAUUCAAUUCAGCCCAAUCU